CCCGCCAUCCGCAGGCGGCUGAAGCAGACGGGCCGCAGAAGAGGCGCGCAGGAUGGGGACGGCUGCCGGGCCGGAGGGGGCCCCGAGGGGCCGCAUCGCCCCGCCAGCCAGGGCAGAGCCUCGCCGGCGCUGAAUGCUGAUUUUUUCAAGCAGCUGCUGGCACUUCGCAAGCUCUUCUUCCCAAAGCUGGCGAGCGCCGAGCUGGGCUGGCUCUGCCUCCACUCCGUUGCUCUCAUCUCCAGGACCUUCCUCUCCAUCUAUGUGGCUGCGCUCGAUGGGAAGAUCGUGAAGACCAUCGUGGAGAAAAAGCCCAGGAGCUUCGUCCUCAAAUUAAUCAAGUGGCUCAUGAUUGCCAUCCCGGCCACCUUCGUCAACAGCGCCAUACGGUACCUGGAGGGCAAGUUGGCCCUCGCCUUCCGCACACGCCUCGUGGAUCACGCCUAUGAAACCUAUUUUGCCAACCAGACUUACUAUAGGGUGAUCAACAUGGACGGGCGGCUGGCCAACCCCGACCAGUCCCUCACUGAGGACAUCAUGAUGUUUUCGCAGUCCGUGGCGCACCUCUACUCCAACCUCACCAAGCCCAUCCUGGACGUUGUGCUCACCUCCUACACCCUCAUCCGCACGGCGCGGUCCCGGGGCGCCAGCCCCAUCGGGCCCACCGUCCUGGCCGGCCUCGUCGUCUACGCCACGGCCUGCGUGCUCAAAGCCUGCUCGCCCAAGUUUGGCAAGCUGGUGGCUGAGGAGGCGCACAAGAAGGGCUACUUGCGCUUCAUGCACUCGCGGAUCAUUGCCAACGUGGAAGAGAUCGCCUUCUACCGCGGGCACAAGGUAGAAAUGAAACAGCUACAAAAAAGCUACAAGGCUUUGGCAGACCAAAUGAAUCUCAUUUUGUCCAAACGUUUGUGGUACAUCAUGAUAGAGCAGUUCCUGAUGAAAUAUGUCUGGAGUUGCUGUGGUUUGAUUAUGGUCGCUGUGCCCAUCAUCACUGCAACGGGAUUUGCAGAUGGCGAGUUAGAAGACGGCCAGAAGCAGGCAAUGGUUAGUGAACGAACAGAAGCUUUUACUACAUCACGAAACCUGCUGAUUUCUGGAGCAGAUGCUAUUGAAAGAAUUAUGUCUUCGUACAAAGAGGUUACUGAGCUAGCAGGCUACACAGCCCGUGUCUACAACAUGUUUUCAGUCUUCGAUGAAGUAAAAAGAGGCAUUUACAAAAGAGCUGCUGUUAUUCAAGAGUCCAAAAGCAACAGCAAGAAUGAAGAUAAAGCAGAAUUACACAUGGAUGGGCCCUUAGAAAUCAAGGGAAAAGUUAUUGAUGUUGAUCGUGGAAUUGUUUGUGAAAAUGUUCCUAUUAUUACUCCGAAUGGCGAUGUGGUGGUUUCCAGACUAAACUUCAAAGUCCAGGAGGGGAUGCAUCUUUUAAUCACGGGGCCCAAUGGCUGUGGAAAGAGUUCUCUUUUCAGAAUUUUAAGUGGUCUGUGGCCUGUAUAUGAAGGAGUUCUCUACAAACCCCCUCCACAGCACAUGUUUUAUAUACCGCAAAGGCCCUACAUGUCCAUUGGAACGCUACGUGAUCAAGUCAUCUAUCCAGACUCGGUGGAAGACAUGCAUAAGAAAGGAUACCGAGACCAGGAUCUGGAGUGUAUCUUGCAUACAGUUCAUCUGUACCACAUAGUUCAAAGAGAAGGAGGCUGGGAUGCCAUCAUGGAUUGGAAAGAUGUCUUAUCAGGAGGAGAAAAACAAAGGAUGGGCAUGGCUCGGAUGUUUUACCAUAAGCCGAAAUAUGCGUUGCUGGAUGAGUGCACGAGUGCUGUAAGCAUUGAUGUUGAAGGAAAGAUAUUCCAAGCUGCAAAAGCUGCUGGGAUAUCCCUACUUUCUAUAACACACAGACCUUCUCUUUGGAAGUACCACACUCACUUGCUGCAGUUUGAUGGACAAGGAGGCUGGCGUUUUGAACAGCUGGACACCGCUAUCCGUUUAUCACUGAGUGAGGAAAAACAGAGACUAGAAUCUCAGCUUGCAGGAAUUCCUAAAAUGCAACAGAGACUGAAUGAACUGUGCAAUAUCUUGGGAGAAGACUCGGUGCUUAAAACAAUGGACAAAGAGGAAUAAAUAAUUUAUGUUUUAUGUUUUUAAAAGUAUUUUUUUAGUUAAAAGCAUUACAAAUUCAGACAUUAUCCUUUGCAUGCAUUGCAAUAGAGGCUUAGAGCAUAGAGAAACAGCCAGCAACAAAUAAUGCUCUGAAUGCUAUGUAAGACUUUAGUAUUUUAGUAUUAAAGAAGAAAGUGGUUUGAACUGUGAAAAGAAAAUAAGCAAGUGCACAGAAUAUAAGAUUAGUCAUUGCAGCUUAUGUUAAUUCCUAGUGAAAGCCCAAUUCACUGCAAAAAACUACCAGCACGGUUAGGUUUUCUAGGUGAAUAUUUGCUUGCAAUAUCUUGGCCUGCAGAAUGUGCUCUUGUACCAGGUCACUGUGUGCAUAUGAUAUGCCUGCUACGCAGAGCAAACCUGGCAUGAAAGUCAGGCAUGGAGCACAGCAGAGGCAGUGUCUGGAUGAGUAUGCAGAUGCAUGCAAAAAUCUCAUUUGGGUAUAAGAAACAUUCUUUCAGCCCAUGUAAAACAAAAGUCCAGUUCUGCUACUGAAUCACAUGCGCAACUUUAGCUGCAUUUCUGUAGGAAAUAACAUAGUAGGCUGACCAGAAGAGAACUGGCAGAGCAACCAACUGCCCUCACAACCAAGAAGUGGGGAGAGAACAAAAUAUGUAAUAUACAUCUGCUGUACUUUCUGCCGUUAUGCAUAGCUUCAGAGGCUCUUUGCCCUUCGUGAUACAUCAAUUUGUUUGGAGGAUUAUUUAUGUACCCUAUUUAGGAACAUCUGGUGGAUGGGUGGAGCACUGGGCCUGGCAUCAGGAGACUUAGCUUUUUGCUCGACUAACUCAUUCACUUGCUAUGUGGGCCUGAUCCAGCCAGCAUCCAUCUCUGACCCAGUUCCUCCGUCUGUAAAAUCACAGUAUGAACACUUGUUUGUUCCAUACGAUGCUUUGUGUUGAGGAGGGCUGUAAGAGAGAGAAGUGUUGGUUUCUAACAAUGUAUUCAAUUGGCGUGGCUGUCCUGCCAGUUAAAAUGCUCAGCACUUAUAAAGGCCUGUGGAAAGUUAGAGCAUUUUGUAACCACUAAUUAAUGCCUGCCGUAUCUUGUUAGAAUGGGCGAACACUGCCCUCCCCAUGUGCAAAUGAGAAAACACACUGGUAAACGGCUUUGCUUUCAGAUGUGCUCACUGACUGUGCUGUCUGCUUUUCAGUUCAGUAGGAACCUUGUCCCCAGUCAAUCACAAGAUGCUUUAAACUGAAAACCCAUAAGACAGUGCUGGCCUGAGUGCCUCACUGGAGGCCAGACCCAGUGAGUCAGAAAUAAAGACGGGAAUAGAUUUAAGAGCUCCCAACUUGCUGUCUCUGACUGCAAGAGCACUGUCUUUCUAGAUGAAAUACCACAGCCCAUUACUUUACUUGGCAGCAGCAUAAGCUGGGAUGGAAGACUGCAUUUAUGCAGCUGCAGAGAUGCAGCUAACUCUUCCCCCUCCAUUGCUAAAAGCCGUUCAGAAACAGGCAGUUUGGAAAUGAAGAGCAGGAGGACAAAGCCUUAGCAAGUGUUUAAUCUGCUGCGGGUAAAUGAAGGAAAAGAUGUAGCAAUCUUGAAAUUUGUUCUUUUUUUUUUUUUUUUUGGUAGAAGUGUGACUCCUUAGAGGAUUUCUGUCCGGUGGUUGCUGCUUAGGCUGAGCAGGGGCAAAGCAUAAGUGAACUGUCAAGGGAGCAGAAAUACUUUGGGCUCUUUUGCUGAGUUGUAUUCAGAUGCUGCAGGCAGCGUUUCAUAUGAGAGCAGGAUUCCUAUUCUUCUCAGAGCAGGGUGCUCAGCAACAGCACUAGAGAAAAGACUUUGCAAUGGCACCUCAUCAUCUUGGCAAAGGUGAUGUCUUUGUCACUGUCCUUGCCUGACUUCUGCCAUGAGGAGGCCAGCCAUUAUACUGGGAAUGCUUGAGCACUCCCAAAUUAUGCAAAUUCUUCCCUCUUUCUGGUAAUUUCACCCACUUUUCCAGGACUGGUUUAGACAAUGCAGCCUGUCUUAUCUGAACAUGUAGCUAUUGGCAUCUUAGCAAUUUGCAGUCCUUCCUGUCCCAUACCACCACUUUGCUCAGUAAAAAAGCCUCUUUGAUGGAAAGACAGUGAUUUGCCAAGAGUUUCAAUGGAAGAGUGUGAUAAGUGGGGAAUUAACUUGAUCUGCCAGAUCCCUAACCACUAGGCCAUCUUCCCUCUCAUUGUGUGCUUGACUUGCUACUUUUACGUAUGCCCCUGGGGAACUUGCAGCAGGACUUGGAAUAAGCCUGGUCUCUGCCCUGCUCCUCCAGAGUCUGUGGCUUGAAUGUAACCCUGUACUUGUCCUGGCGACAAGAGUUUGUUCCUCUCGUUAGUUUUCUCUGCGAAGUCCCCCGGGACAUCUCACUGACACGGAAUGGAAAGCUCCUGGGAACCUUUGAAAGGGAUGAGAAAUUAAGGUUCAACAUAAUAAGAUGUUGUGAGGUAAAGCACAGACUGGAGGUCCCUAAUGUGGUAGAUGACAUGUACAUGCAUUUUAAUUUGCAAGUGCCUCUGCUUGUCUCUCUCCCUGAAGGCUGGCUUUCCUCCUUCUCAUCUUCAAAGAAAAAUUCAUAACUGCUAAGCAGAAAAGAUGUCAGCCAAGAAUCUGUUCGCAGUGCACAUAAAUGAGAUGACUGAUGUUUUUAAAGGCUUUUGCAUUUUUGAGUUAUGUUUCUCUAAUAUGGCGAUGAAGCAGGCAUGCAUCAUAUGCCUGUGUGAAAGGGUAAGACAGGCAGGCCCAGCCCCUUGUCCCAGCUGCAGUGUAUCAUUCUGCUAGCACAAGGCAGCUGCAAAACCUCUUUUCCACAAGGCUCUCCCAAGGCCUCCCAAGGAGCUCUGGUGGAGGAAGGGGCCUUGCCCUUCCUCUCUCAGGUGGGGUUGUUCCCCACCUCUCUCUCCGUUAGGCACUUUCCCACGUGGCUGGGAGCUAAACCAAGGUUAGGGUGUCCAGACCGUUAAUGAGGAGGCAGCUGAAGAGUGUCAAACAAUUGGCCCAAUUUGACAUAGCUCAAAGUGUGGGCCUGCGCGUUCCUAGACUCCCACUGAAACGCUCUGCCACGGCACUUGACUUUUUGGGAGCUGUUGCUGGCAGAUGCAGCACCUGAAAUCUGCAUCGCCACCUCGCAGAGAUUGAAGCUGCCACCCCUUAUGGCACAACAUUUUCUGAGGAAACUGUGUUUAGAGGAGGAAGGUUUGUUGUUUUUUUAAAUGAAAUUCUACAUAAAACAUACAAAAGAUACAAAUGUUACUGAUGAAAUUUUGAUGAAAGCCAAAAUCACACCGGAAUCAACCUAACAGUAUUUUACUUGAAGAUUGAUAUAGAUUUCUGGGAUCCAGGAUCAUAACAGCCUUACUCCUUCCCAAUCAGUAGUACAGCAUGAAAUAUCCCUGCAUCUCACUCUGUUAUUUGCAUUCUGCUAGGCAUGAGAAGAACGCGAGAGCGCUGACAGGAGAAGAAACCCUUCUCCAAAUGAGAUCUUGCUGAGUUAUACUGAGCCAGUUUUAGAAGGAUUUUCUGUACCAGUGACUCAUUCUUUUGAAAGUGAGUUUUGUAGCUUGAUGAGAAGCUGCCCUGGAAAUUUUCUUCGCAAACUUUAUGAGUUGCUCCCAGUGCUAAUUGAGGCAGAAGUCUCCCGUUCUGCUUUUUGAGUUUUACCUUUGCGGAACAGAGGGCAGGAGCCAGCUCCCUUUGUGCUGCUUGAGUCAGCGCCACGAAAGCAAGAGUGGAGGCGCACACUGCCACAGGGAAAGGCCGGGGAUCCCCCACGCUGGAGCCAAGGCACAGGGAGCCGCUCACUGUGGCCGGCGAGGGGCGGAGCGGGGCCAAUGCCUUGGUGAAACCCUUUUUCGUGGAGUGAAGGGAGUUACCCAUCAGGGCUUGUUGCCCUUUCAGGAGCUGGGACUGCCCCAGAGGUUGCGGGGGGUGACUUUUUGGCCUUCCUUCAGCUCUCACAUCUGGCUGGAGCUAGUUAGAUGCAGCUGUUUGCAUCAAGGCAUUUAUGCGUUCAGAGCCAGAUACUGCAAGGUGCUCAGUGCAUCUGGCCUCCUUCGAACAGCCUCUCAUCCCCCAGAGUUCGAGGCAGGCUGGACUUGUCAGCAUCUACAUCCUGGAGAAGUAAAUAUUCUCAGCAAAAUUCAUACCAAUUUCAGGCACAGGGUGUAGGAUACCUUACAACAGAAGUAUGAAAAGUCCACAUCACUUCAAUCAGUUAAUGUGAAAUUAUUUUUUGCAAGGAUGUGAGAAAACGCUUUUUACUCAUUGGAUUUCAGUAAUUUUAACCUAGGAUAAGUUUUUUUGUUCACUUAGUUUUGAGAGUAGACUAAUUCCUGUUUCAGAAUCAGCACCCCUCCUUCUGCAGGGAGAGAAAACCCUGACCGUCUUUUGAAGGAGUUUUUUGAAACCAGUGGGAUUUGUAUUUGAAUGAGGAAUGAAGGACUAGUUUUUUAAUGGGAUAUUUAUGGGGAAUUUGCAAUAAAAAUUGUUUCCGAAAGCAAUUAAACACAUCUACUGUUCCCUGACUAUGUCUGAAUGAUCAUAAUGCAUGUCAAAGUCAAGUUUAUGAGCCUAUGACCAGAGAUUUCAACUAUACAUAGAAUGAAAUCACCCUGCUCAGCUGUUUAUAAAGCUUAAGAGAACCAAACUGCUAAUCAAAUGUGUCUUUCUUUUGGUUAUGUUUGAUAUUAAUGCCUUUUAAGAGCAGACAAUUUAUACAGCAAUAAAUUAUGCUUUACAGUUGUAAUUUAUUCCAACCUUAAAUAAAACAUGUUGCAUUUACUUUGA